UCACAACAAACACACGUACACAUAAUCUCAUACACACAACACAAAAACGCAGGCCACACACACACACAUUCACGCACACAUUCACGUACACACACAGAAAACCACACCCCCAUAUAUAUAUACACGCAGCAACCCUCAUACAUCCAUCCACACGCAAUACAUACCCACACUCACACACACCCGCACGUAUACACACACGUAUACACACACACACGUAUACACACGCACGUAUACACACACACGCAGACUCUCACUCUCACACGGGUCACCGCUUUGUUCUAAGGGACAGCGCAACGAUUGGAGCCGCCUGCACGUCCCCAACGAAGUUCGUGUAGCAGCAGCAGCAACAGCAGCAGCGCAGUGAUGCUGAUGGGCUGAGCGCAGGGAGAAGGAGGAGGCUGAAGAUCAACAACGGAGGAGAGAGAGAGGAGGAAGAGGGAGAGGUGCAGCAGUGGAGGAGAGGGGAGAAGGAGGAGGAGGCUGAAGAGCAAGAGAGGAGUGGAGGAGGUUGGGCGAGGAGCAACGUGAGAGGAGCCUCCGUCGCCUGCGCGUGGCUGACGUUGAUGCCGAGGAACGGCAAUAAGUUCACAUCCGAGGUGGCACCGUUGAGCCUGAUCGUUGCUUUUAGGAGCGUGCCGAGGGUGCCGCAGUCGCACGCCGUGGAGGAGUGAUACGGGAGGAAGCAGAGGCGGCGGAGCAUCGGGAGAAGAAGAGGGGGGAGGGGGCGGACUGAGGAACAGCAGCGGAGAAGAGGAGAGGAGGAAGACGAAGAGACAGAAGACGACGAGGAGAGGGAGAUCAUGGGGUCCGUCGCCGGGUCGCGCAUUCGCCGUCGCGCGUCGCCUCUCCUGGUGUCGCUGCCGCCGCCGCUGCUGCUGCUGCUGCUCGCUCUGCGCUGCUGCUGCUGGGCGCAGCCUCCCCUGCCGCCUCCUCCUCCUCCUCGGCUCCCGUGGGGCGCGACCUCUGCGCAGCUGCGCGGGCCCUGGGCACGCGGCCAGCCCGCGGUGCGUCCAGCCAUGCUGCCAACGGCGAGCGGCGGGAACUGGUGCCCGUACCCGGUGAGCAGGAGGGUUCCGUGUCCCGUGCACAACGGCACCGAGGUGUACGUGCGGCGCGUGAUGCACGCCUGCCACUGGGCCAAGGGAUGCGUCCCCAAAAUCAGCUACCGCAGUGUGGUGCGACCGACGUACCGGCUCGCGUACCGCCUCGCGUCCGUGCUGGAGUGGCGAUGCUGCCCCGGAUUCACGGGGAAACGCUGCCAAGACGGGUGCAUGGACUGCGAGCGCCUCACCGAGCUGACGAGCAAACUCAAGGACAUGGAGGCCAAGGUGCGCUUGAUGGAGUCGGGGGAUAGGCCGGCAGGGGACUCGAGCAACGAGCUCCCGGCCGAAGCCGCGGGUCAAGGGGCCCACGGGCCUGAGGUCACGGCAGAGGUCACGUUCGGGUCCCUCCUCCCGCAAGGGCCCAUGGGGUUGCCGGGCCCCCAAGGGCUACAUGGGGAGAGGGGACCGGCCGGACAGCCCGGGAAGCAAGGCCCUGUUGGACCGGCUGGACAACCAGGACCCCCAGGAAUUCCCGGGAGACCUGGCACCGAAGGGGCCCGUGGAAAAGCAGGGGCCAUGGGACCCACAGGCCGGCCCGGCGUGUCAGGGCGUCCCGGCCCCACCGGUGGACUGGGCCCUAUGGGACCCCCUGGAGGAAUAGGGGUCCCCGGCCCCCCCGGACUACCGGGUUCCCCCGGACCUCCUGGUCCCCCGAGUCCCACGUCGAGCAACCAGAACGUGGCUCUGGCCCGAGGAGAGAGGAGCCGCCUCCCCCACGUGCACGAUGACGUGGUACGGGCGGGGGAUGUGGGGCCCAUCGGCACCCCCGGACCCAUCGGACUCCCAGGAGAUCCCGGUCCCCAGGGCCCUCGUGGUUUCCCAGGGAGGGAUGGUCUCCCAGGGCCGGAGGGAAGACCUGGGCAACUGGGACCCAGGGGGGAGAAAGGCGAGCUGGGGGAGCGCGGAGAGCGGGGAUCGCGUGGUCCCCAGGGUGACACUGGAGCGAAAGGAGGCAAGGGGGAUUCCUCCGACGGCUGGCAGGCCUUCCAGGAGCUACAGGCCGAGUUUCAGCUGCUGCUGCGUCGCGUGACACUACUGGAGGAGAUGGUGUGGCCAGAGCCACUCCCGGCCGGUGAGGCAGAAGGUGGAGUCGACGCUGGUCGGCUCCUGGAGCUCAGGAGGAGACGGGUGGCUCCACGCACGCCCGGACAAGCGACCUCGGUGGCCUGAACCGCGCGCCGCGUCGUGACCAAAACACAAAAUUAAAACUGGAAUGGCCACGGCAGGCCCGGUACUGGAGCUUGCUCUACGGGUUAGGGUUGCCACCUGUCCUGGUUUUCCCAGGAUUAUCCUCAUUUUUGGAGGUAGCUGCUGUCCUUGGGAAAUAUGUAAACCUUCCCAGGAUAUCAAAAGUCUCAGUUCCGUAGUUACAGUACGAAUAAUAAUAAUAAUAAUAGUGGUACACCGGGCAAGGCAAUGCAUUUACAUGUGGUUCUCCCCUCUCGCGGUAUUGUGAGAUAUUCUUCUUAUUCCCAUGACACAUCCCGGUUUUUUUGGACCUCAGAGGUGGCAACCCUAGCUAUGGGGCAGGGGUGGCGGUGGAGGAGGGGUUUGGGAAGUGGUGGGGAAGGUGAAAUUGACAGCUGUAUGCUCUUAGCGGAGGAUGGGGGGGAGGGAAUGUACACCACAUCCAUCAUACCUCUCACUAUGGCUCUGGCUACUACUACGAGUCACGUGCUACCCUACUGCACUCUACCAGCGACUCGGACAAACUGGGCCCAUGGCUGUAAAACUCUCCCCACUUGGCUCGAAGCGCUGCCUUUAAACGGACGCACGGAGUAAGGGGGCAAUGCUGCUCUUUAGUCGAAAGGCAGAAACACGAUUGAAUAAAAAAUUGAUGGGGGCGGGGGAGAACUAGAUUUUCAAUUAAGGGUAGGAACAAGCAGACCAACAUGAGCAGAAGGUUGAUAAAAGUGGCUGUCUUCUGUCAACCCCUUCCGUAUUGCUACCAACAAAUGUCAACUGGAUGAAGUGUGUACAGUGACUCCGCUACUUACGAACUUUCAGAGACACGAACAAACUUGUCCAGUUGCCUGUUUGGCCUGAGAAUCGUAAGUUCAACCGCCACGCAAUAGAUGGUGGUGAUAGCAUCUGUAUCUACAGAACAUGAGGAGCCAGCAGCAUCCACAUCUACAGGACAUUAUACAACUUUUAAAGCCAUUUCUCGUGUUUAGAGUACACGCCGUAACAACAAGUUUGGAAUAAACAGGAGUAAAGUUGGAACUACCGAACAAUUCGACUUACGAACAGAACUCUGUAACCUAACUCGUUCGUAAGUAGAGGAGUUCCUGUAAAUGCUUGCUCCACGGCCUUCAAAUGCGUUCGUCAAUAGCACUUGCCCCUAUAGUCUGUUAAGGCUGUAAGGGGGGAUGUUUUCCUGUCUUUUAUCUCCCUGCUCAUUUCUCUCUUGGUGGUCCCGCGCCAGUCGUGGAAAUUCCACAUUCCUAUGACAAGGACCGGUCUGUCCACAGGAUAACCCUAAUGCUAAGCCGGUCUUGCCUCGCCUUGCAGAGAUAAUACGGUUAAGGGCAGAAAUGCCAAACGCGUGCAGUGAUCCCGCCAUUAUGUCCCCAUAACAUCCCAGAUCAUCUCCACUGCCAUUCCCUGACCAGCGGUGGAAAUCCCACGUUUCCAUGGCAGGGGUCAGUCUCUCCAUGGGACGGUCACUUGUUCACAUCCCACAAAGCGGUACCCAUUUGAUCACCCCCUAGAUAGGUCGUCCACAGGAUGCCGCCGUGGCAGUGAUGAUGGUCGACGCUCGUGUUGGCAACACAGUUAACGGUGCAACGUCGCGUGUCUGACCCCCUUAUCCAUCCUGUCCAAUUAACCGCCCACGCCGAGUGGAGGAUUUUUUUUUUAUCAGCGUGGUGUCACUGACAUGUUCGAUCUUGUUCGUCUCUAGUUCCCCGUUCUCUCUUCGUGUUCAGACGAUGUAGCCGAAUGAGAUCUCUCCACCCCCUCCCUGUCUCACGCCAGCUUCACGGCUUCCUUCACCCCUGUGUCGCCCUUUUUUGCUCUGAAUUGUUAUUUAAUUUCCGUCAAAUCAGCGCAUCGUUGCUCUCCCUCCGUUGCUUUACAUAUCGGGUGCCGCGGUGGCUCGGAGAUGUUAACUCCCUCGCCGGGUAUACAGGAGGUAGUGUGUUCGACCCUCGACCCUGACGCCUGCUGUAUAUUUGGAGUUUUCAUGUCUCUCUCCCCGUGGUCGCGUGGAUUUUUCUCCGGGCACUCCAGGGCUUCCCUUCACGUUUAGAGACAUGCCUUUUUAGAGUAAAUGGCUGCUGUACAUUUCCACAUCAUAAUCCACUUCGUUGAGCUUUCAUUUUUGGCCAGGACGCUUCUGAAAAAGAGCUAUAUAUCUCAAUGGGUCUUACCCGGUAAAAUACAAAUUUUAGUUUUGAGUUCCGUGCGCGUGCUUGUGCGCGUGCGUGUGUGAACGAUAUGGAGCGGUUAGCACGCUACGCUACGAACCCGGUGACCCGAGUUCGAUUCCCGUUCACAGCCAACACCAGUGACGAUUAUUUGAACCGGU